CUGGGGACACGUCAGAGAGUAAUAAGGGGACUGCACAUUCUGUAUUACUGUGUUAGUAUUUAGUAGUUUCGUAUAUAUAUGCAAACACGAGUAAAUCUUUCUGUGUCUAGCUGGGAGAUCAUCCAGUUCCGUACAGUCAAUGCAUCAUGGCACUUGCCUACGAAAAUCUGAAAUUACAUAUAACUCCUGAAAAGUUUUAUGUUGAAGCAUGUGAUCCUGGAGUAGAUGAUGUCCUUACUAUAGACAGAGUGUCAACAGAGGUCACACUUACAGGUAAAAAGGACAUACCCCCAUCAGCAAUAACAAGAGCUAUAUAUGGAAUUUUAGGCACAAUUCGACUAGUUGCAGGAAUGUAUUUGAUUGUGAUAACCCGAAAGAAGAAAGUCGGUGAUCUUCUUAAUCAUUCUAUCUGGAAAGCAACAGACUUUGACAUAAUUUCUUAUAAAAAGACAAUGUUACAUUUAACUGAUACUCAGUUGCAGGAUAACAAGGCCUUCCUUGCGAUGAUCAGUCAUGUUCUGAGUGUAGAUGGAUUUUACUUUUCUGUAUCUUAUGACCUUACCCACACAUUACAACGGUUAUCUAAUACAAGUCCUGAAUUCCAAGAAAUGAGCCUGCUUGAAAGGGCUGAUCAGAGAUUUGUUUGGAAUGGUCAUCUUUUAAGGGAAUUUUCAGCUCAACCUGAGAUCCAAAAAUUUGCGAUUCCAGUGGUUCAUGGAUUUAUUGCUAUACAUUCUUGUUCUAUAAAUGGCAAAUACUUUGACUGGAUUCUCAUCUCUAGGAGGAGCUGUUUUCGAGCAGGUGUACGGUAUUAUGUAAGAGGUAUUGAUUCAGAGGGGCAUGCUGCAAACUUUGUUGAAACAGAGCAGAUUGUUCAUUACAAUGGAAACAAAGCUUCAUUUGUUCAGACACGUGGAUCUAUUCCAUUUUACUGGUCACAGAGACCAAAUCUCAAAUAUAAACCAAAGCCUCAGAUCAGCAAAGCAGUGAACCAUAUGGAUGGAUUCCAACGGCACUUUGACUCACAGAUCAUAAGUUAUGGGAAGCAAGUUGUUCUAAACUUGGUUAACCAAAAGGGUUCAGAAAAGCCAUUAGAGCAAGCUUUUUCACAGAUGGUUUCUGGCCUUGGAAAUGGAAUGCUUAGAUAUAUUGCAUUUGACUUUCAUAAAGAAUGCAGUAGAAUGCGCUGGGAUCGCUUACAGAUUUUGGUUGAUCAAGUUUCUGAGACUCAAGAUGAUUUUGGCUAUUUUCUGGUAGACUCUGAUGGCAAAGUGGUUAGCCAACAGGAAGGGAUUUUCCGCAGUAACUGUAUGGACUGUCUGGAUCGCACAAAUGUAGUGCAGAGUCUUUUGGCCCGACGUUCCCUCCAGUUCCAGCUUCAGAGGCUUGGUGUGCUUCAUGUUGGACAAAGGAUUGAAGAACAAAUUCAGUUUGAAAAGAUCUAUAAAAAUGCAUGGGCUGACAAUGCAAAUGCAUGUGCCAAACAGUAUGCUGGAACUGGUGCUUUAAAGACAGACUUCACAAGGACUGGAAAACGAACUCAGUGGGGACUUUUAAUGGAUGGUUGGAACUCAUUAAUGCGAUAUUAUAAAAAUAAUUUUUCUGAUGGCUUCCGACAAGACUCAAUUGACUUGUUUCUUGGCAAUUACUCUGUUGAAGAAGUCUAUUCUUCAAGUCCACUGCAUAUACAGACAGACUGGAAAUUUCUUGCAUUACCUAUUAUCAUGGUGGUUGCCUUUUCCAUGUGCAUUAUCUGCUUAUUAAUGGCUGGUGACACAUGGACAGAGACUUUGGCUUAUGUUCUAUUCUGGGGCACUGCAAGUAUUGGAACAGGCACUAUCAUUCUGUACAAUGGCAAAGAUUUCGUUGAUGCCCCAAAGCUGGUACAGAAGGAAAAGAUGGACUGAAUUUGUGUGUGUGGAAAACAGCUUAGCAGUGACGGUUCAUUAAACCCAGUAUGGAGUCUUUAUUGAGCUGCUUUCCACACAUAAUAUUAUAAACAUUUCAUUUAUAUAUAUAUAUAUAUAUAUAUAUAUAUAUAGGCAUGGAAACAUUUUAAGGAAUAUUGCAUAAUCUGGAAAUUUGGAAUGAAGCACAGUUUAGUAAUUUUUGGUUGUACUCGAGCUGCAUCUUCUUGCUGGCCAAGAUAGACGUGAUAUCGCAAGUUUCAGGUUUCUCUGGUGUUAUGGCGGAUAAAGGAAUACUCAAGCACUGAAAAUGCAGCUGUUCCAUUUAAAUUACUUGCCUUUACUCUUUGUAUUAAAAUGUAUCUAUUGAUUUUCUCUUGAAAUGAUAUUAUGGAUUGUUUGAAUGCCCUUAAAACUACAAAGUGAUGUUUAGAUUUUUGUUUAUUUCUUGAAUCUAUCAAAUGUUGGCAGUGUAAAUCUCUGUAAUCAAGUAAUAUAUUGCUGCAGCUUUUAAAUGAUUAGUAUUCAUUAUACAUUCAUUUUUGUUAUAAGAGAUUGAAUUAUUUCUUGUUUGAGUACAAUACUCAGAGAUCAAGGGAACACACAAGUGGGAUUAUGCUGAAACUGGAGUUAAAUGUUUCUCUACUAAUUCACAACCUCUUAAAUACAAUUUUAGAUUUUGUUUCUACUGCUCUAUGCCAAAAUGUUUUUAACAUUAAAAAGUUAUAGAAAUAAGGCCUCAUUUACAAUGCUCCAUGCAGUACAAAGUGCAAUAAAGAAAUGUGCACGCUGCAUGGGGCAUGUGAAGAUUUGCUGCAGACCUACGUGCUUCUUUUUGGAGGUCAGAGACCUGCGGCAUGCCCUGUGGAUUGAGCGCUGACUGUGUUAGUCAGCACGCGAUGUAAGAGAGGCAGGGUGAAGCACUUAGGCACAUAAGUAACACUAUUUAACUGCAUCUUUCUGAAUGUAACAUUUUUAAAGCAAGACAAUUUGAAUUAAUAACAAAGUUAUGCUUAAUUUACUUAAGUUAAUAUGACAGAUCUGUGUUAUUUUUAAUGGUACUCUAAAUUAAUAGAACUGGAGCCUGCAAAAGCAUCCAGAAAUAUCCUUGUAAUGAACAUUAAUAAUUUUGUCAAUUUGAUAUUCUGUUAACAACAGUUUUACUUUAUUCUUAUUUCUUACCAUUUAACAUUACCUUUAACCUUAGAGAAUAAUCCAACAUGUAUUAAAAAUAUUUUGGAAUUUAAUAUGUUUAAUAAAUAGAUGAAGGGCUUCAAAAACCUAGAUAUUAAUUAUAAAUAUAAAUGCAAUACCACAUUAAACCAUAUAUUGACAUUCCAUAUAGUACAGUUGUCGUAUAUACUGAUUUAGCUGUGAACACUCAAGGGAGCAGUGUAUAUAUUUUUUUUCAAUUUUUAGCUUUAGUUUAAUGUAGCAGUUUCUUUUGCAGGUACAAACUCUGAUAGGCAAUAUUAACCAUGAAAGGAGAAGAAAAGGUAAAAACUAAGUACGUUUUAUCAGAAAGGUAAAUACAGCCAUAAGCACUCACAGAAAAGCUGCUCCUCUAUCAAAAGAAACACAGGAUUUCUUGUCUUCUUUUGUGUACACAUUCCCCCAUAAGAGAGCUAAAGGCUUCUUGUGUGAUAGUAGUUGCAAAAUUGGGCACAGAUUGACACCAGUGGCGCAUUUACACCAUGCAGGGCCCUGCAAAAUCUUUGGAGGGGCCUGACACGUACUGCUAUCUCUACCUGCCUUUCCAGAGUGUCACGAGAGGGGGAAAUUUUAAAAUAACAAAAAUUACUAUGUUACUUUGGUAUCAGACUUCCUCUUUCAGAAAAAUCCUUCAUUCCCAGGCCGGAGUCUGCCCAGCUCUCUCCUCUCCCCUUCUUCUGCUCCCCCUCCAAUAAGAAUUCACUCCCUCUCCCAGCGGCUAGAGCUGCAGCAGGAAGCUAUAGAGCCCAACUAAAAUGGCAGCUGCUAUCUUAAACAAAUGGACGGAGCUUCUAGGGCUCUUUACUCAGGUGUGGUAAAGCUUUCUGCACAAUAAAUAUAGCGUUCUAGGUUGCAGUAAUGUGGCUAAUGUAUUGACUUUCCUUCUCCUUUAAGGCCAUAAUCACUCUGGAAUAAUAUGAGCUCCCCAAUGUUAGUUAUGAGUGUAUGGACCCAGACCUAAAUAUCGAAAUGGUUAUGAAAGCCAAACAAAAAAUUAUGUGGUGCUUAAAAGAGAACUAAAGAAAUAGACUAAACACUUUGUUUGUUAUGUUUUUGGCUUCUGUACCAGCCCAAGGCAACAACAGCCCUUGAGCAGUGAAGAUCUGUAACUCCAAAGUAGCCCCCCACUUUCUUUUCUGCUGAUUCACUACACAUGCUUUGUGCUGCUGUCACUUACGUUAGCUUACGGACCGAUGCAAAAUAUCCUGUAUAUAUAGAGUAUAAAUAUAAGGCUGGUUAUUAAUUCAUUCAGAUUCACAUUUUAUGACAACUCUGAGACCAGUGCAGUUAGCAUCAGACCUGUAGCACAAGCUUAUAUGACAACCCCUAAGCUCUCUGCAGUUGCCCAGAGCACACUGAGCAUGUGCAGUGUCACUGUCACUUCUAACAGAAUCCAAAAUAGGAAGUUCCUUUGACAACUGUAAAGACCUAUAUAAUUACUACUAUAGAGAUGCUGAAACUUUAAGCUAGUUCAGUCAGUUUAUGAUAUAAAAUUUGGCAUUUAUAGCUUUAUUUAUCUUUAGGGUUUAAUUCUGUUUUACAAACAAGUCUGCAUAUACAUCUGUUGCUAGAGAGCCUAACUGUUUCCAGACUGAUAAAUCAUUUUAAUAUGUUAGUGAAAUAAGACCUUUUUCCAAUGUUUGGUUAACCCUAAUAGAUUUCACAGUGGGAUUUAAUAAAUUAUAGUUAUGCCACUGACAAUAAUUACUCAAUAUGUGAUCUUCCUUCUGGAUCUACACACUACUGAGUCACAGACAUUCACAUCAUUACAAAUUUUAAAUGUCAGCGAUGCACCCUCCUAGGGUGAGACAGGUCAGCUGUUUGUAAAAUACAUUUUGGUCUAUAGUGGUGAUCUUAAUGAAUCACUGCAGCAUAUUUUUAAUCCAAGGUUAAAGGGCAUGCUGCCCAAAAAUAACAUUUUGGCUUAUAAAAGAAAAUGUCAUUCAAAGCAAACUUCCAAAAUACAUUAAAAAUUUAAAAAUAUACCCCCUUUUUGACAUGAGUUAAUUCAGUAAAAAGUGCAGAAAAACAAUGUAACCUAUCAAAAAAAUAUAUAUAUAUUUUUUCCAAGACGUCUUAUUCCACAGAUUUUUUUUUUUACAUGUAUUUAUAAAGCGCUGUACAAUAAUGGGCUUAUACACUGAACAUACAAAAUGACAUAAAAGCAACCAAUAACUGAUACAAGAGGUUAAACAUGCCAAACAAGCUUAAAAUCUAUAAGAUCUAUAACCAAAAUCUAUAAGAUCUAUAAGCAAACCCUGAUAGAUUGCCUCUGACUCAUAGGGACCAGUUCCCAACCCUAUCAAUCUUCCCCUUCCUUUACUUGUACUUCUGUAAAUCAGAGACCCCCUCUGCUUUGCAGAGAAUUUAUGCACUGCCCACUAUGAAAAUCAGUGUGAUUUCAAAUCCCAGAAUCCAUCACUUUAAAAUUGUGUUGUUUUUUUAGCAGUUUAAAUAGUGUUUAUCAACUGAAGGAGCUCAUGUAAAACAAAAAUUUACAAUUUUCCGUUCAAUAAAAAUUAUUUGUAAAUGUGAUUGCAGUUGAAAUCAGAGUUUGUUUAUCCCUUUUUUUUCCUCUGGGUUUGAUUUAAAUAAUGUGUUUUUGUUUCAAAAGUCAGAGCCAGGAGUACAGGGAAUGGGUAAAGCCAGACAGAAAAAUGGCCUUAACAUUUUUAAUGAAUAUAUAUUGGAAAGUUCUUAAGAUUGACAAUUUCUUUCUCUAAUUUAAAUUGUUAAAUGAUUUUUAAGUUAAAUGUAUAUGUAAAUGUAAUAGAAGGGAAUUUUUGUGUGUCCCUUUAUCAUUCCUAAACAAAUGUGGUUUCGAAAGAGGACUUCCAGUUUUAUCUAACUUUAAAUUCAUGGUGGUGUAAUAGACUAAAUAUUGUUUCAUAUUUUGGUUGAAAGUAGGCUGCAUCUGUUAAAUAAAUCUUAUUUUGCUAA